AUGUUCGACAUCCAGCACCCCCUUGUCUGCGUAGCAGCAGCAGCUGUCUCUCUCCUUCUCCUGCGAGCGUACGUAAAGUCCAAGCAGUAUCCUCGUUAUCUUCCCCUUCCCCCUGGCCCUAAGCCCAGGCCCAUCCUCGGAAACGCCCUGGACAUUCCGCUAUCCAAACAAUGGCUCACAUUCCAGAGGUGGGCAGCGGAAUACGGAGACAUCUUCCACAUCAGUCUUCUGGGCCAGCCAGUCAUUGUCUUGAGUAGCAUCGAGACGGCCAAGGAUCUCCUUGACAAGCGUUCUGCCAAGUAUUCGGACCGCUUCAACUCAACGGUUGCUAGCAUGAUCGGCUGGGACUGGAAUGUCGCGCUGAUGGGCUAUGGGCCUCAGUGGCGUCAAAUCCGACGCGCUCUUCAUGAGCACUUCCACCAAGGCACUGUCAAGGACUAUGAAUCGAGUCAGCUCUCGGGUGCCCGCAACCUCCUCACACGGCUCUUGGCCAACCCAGAUAAUUUUGUGCCUGACUUGCGCUACGACCUCGGAGCCACCAUUCUUGAGAUUGCGUACGGCAUCCAGGCGAAGGAGAGCCAUGAUGAGUACAUCGCUGUCGGCGAAAGGGCGGUAGAAGGCCCUGCAGAGGCACUCGUGCUGGGAGCGCUGUGGGUAGAGUUCCUACCGUUCCUCCGCUAUGUGCCUCCCUGGGUCCCGGGCGCUUCCUACCAGAAGAAGGCUGCGCAGUGGUUCAAAGAAGCCAUGGCGCUCAAGCACGAGCCGUUCAAGAAGGUUAUCGCAAACUUUCGCGACGGGGCGGGUACGCGGUCUCUUGCCAGCGAUGUCAUGCACCGCGACUAUCAGGUGGGUGACGGGAUGUCUGCUGGCACCGAAGAGUUGGCGAAGAACGUGGCGGCGGUCACCUACGGCGCCGGCGCCGAUACCAGUUUCUCCACCUUGCAGACAUUCUUCCUUGCGAUGGCGCUAUAUCCCGAGGCCCAGCGAAAGGCCCAGGCUGAGCUCGACGCGGUCAUCGGACCCGACCGUCUGCCCGAGUUUGCGGACCAGAAUUCGCUGCCGUACAUUCACGCGAUUGUGAAAGAGUGCCUGCGGUGGCAGAAUGUCUUUACGCUCGGUCUCCCUCACCGGCUCAUGGAGGACGAUGAGUACAAGGGAUACUAUAUUCCCAAAGGCUCUAUUGUGCUCGGCAACGUAUGGGCGAUAUCCCAUGACCCUCAGACCUAUGCGGAACCGGACAUUUUUAAUCCUGACCGCUAUUUCAAAGACGGCGCAUGGGACUCGAGCGUGCUCGACCCGACCACCUACGCGUUCGGCUUCGGAAGAAGAGAAUGCCCAGGCCGUCACUUUGCGGUCGCCUCCAUCUACAUUUACGUAGCUUCCGUCCUGCAGGUGUUCAGCAUUGCGCCCAAACGCGAUGCUAACGGCAAACCAGUGGAAAUUAAACCCGACAUGAUCUCAGGCGUGGUAACGUACCCAGCGAGGUUCGAAUGCGAUAUCAAACCUCGGUCCACGGAGGCCAAGGAAUUGAUCCAACUGCUAUGCGUAUAAACUGAGGAACUCCGUGGGGCAGCGGUGAACAGGAUAGGGCUUCGUAAUGCCUUCUGAAUUUUGCUGGAGGACUGUACGAGCGUGUUGUAACGAUAGAGAACUGCAAGUCAUCCAUCUAGUCG